UGUCCCUCCUCCAAGCUUUCUCCCGUAGUGGGUCGAGCCACGCGUAUCGCCUAGAAUGAAUCGACCAGCCAUCACCAGUGCGGAGGGCGCGUGACGAAGACGAGGCCUACUUCUGGUGGUGGGCAUGGCGAGCGGCUCGACAGAAAUGUCCAAGGGCCAGCCGUCCACCAAGCGCAGCGGACUGCAGAAGUCCGACUCGUCCACCAGCGCAAGGAGCAUCCUCCGAGUCCCCAAGGGUGCCUCCAAGCCGGUUAUUCCGGUGCCGCCGGAUGCGGCCGUCAAGUGGAACGAGGAGAACGUCAAGAGCACCUUCCACCCAGAAGACAAGGACUACGGCCUGAUGAAGGUGAACGAACCCAAGACGCCCUACUGCUACGACACGACCACGGAAAAGUGCCCCGUCAGCGCCCAGGACUUGGCGCAAAGAAUGGAGACCUGCCGAUCCGGGACGCUGGAUGCGGCCCGGGCCCAGCGUGCGGAUGAUGCGAGCAUGUCGGAAGCUGAGAGAGAGCGCCACCUGGAGUUCGAGAGGAAGCGCAAGAUGCACUACGACGAAUUCUUUGCCGUCAAGGAAGCGCGGGAGAAGAUGAAGAUGGGCGAGUCUGAGGAGCAGGCCGAGGACGAGGUGGACCAGCAGGAGGCCAAGAAGGAGGCUCAGGCCCAGAAGGAAGAGGCCAAGGAGGAAGCGGCUGAGGCCAAGGCUGAGGCAGAGGCAGAGGCGGCAAGGGCGGCGGCGGCAAGGGCGGCAGCGGCAAGGGCGGCGGAGGCAAGGGCGGCGGAGGCAAGGGCGGCCGAGCGCGACAGAAGGAAUUGA